GAAACGCAAAUCACGGGUAGGUUGGAAGUUGCCAGAAAUCCGAGCUGUCGUGAAUACGUCAUUGGACCGAAUACGGAAGUAAGCGUAGGAGCUGCAGGAGCUAUAUUGUAGGCAUCAUAGUUGGGCCGGGACGUCAAGCAACUGUAAAUAGUUAUGCUGUAAAACAGGUAUUUUGUGUAUCUGCAUUUCCCACGAAGAACAGAAAAAGCUGUAGUGACUGAUAAGCAGACACACAACUCCCUUGUGGACGUUAUUCAACGUCGUAGAGAACUUCAUUUGACUGCAUUCGUGGCCAUGUCUCAGAGAGAACUGAAGGAAGCGUUUGUCAGUAAUCUCAAUGGGACCAGUCUGCAGGAGGUGGCACUGGGCUCAUUUCUCACCCCACUGUGCCUCAUCAACAGAGGACUGUUUUUGAUCCUCUACCAUCUGGCCAAAGGGACUCUUCCGCUGCCACUUCCGCUGAUUUGUCACCUGCUUCUAGACUUCUCCGUGCUUAUUCUUCCCCUCGUCCUGUCAUGCACCGUUCUGAGCAGCGUUCUUCACCAGGUCAUCCUGAGCCUAACCUUUGUUUCGGCUUGUGCGUUUUACUACAUCUACCGUAUCAACAGUCAUCCUCCUGCUCGGCACCCACAGAACACUGUCAGCACCUUCCUUCAGAGUCACGUUCAAGUCGACCAGGUUCCCUUUGUGACUAUCUUUCGAGUGUUUGUAAAUGUGAAAACAGCCAUCAGCAUUCUUGCCGUAGAUUUUAGUGUCUUCCCAAGGCGAUAUGCUAAAACAGAAACCUAUGGGACAGGUGUUAUGGACUUUGGAGUUGGAGCGUAUGUCUUUGCAAAUGCCCUUGUCUGUCCAGAGGCGCGGAGGAAGAACAUCUCAGGAUCCAAGAUGAAUCAUAUCACAAAGCAGCUCCUGGCUGUCUGGCCCCUGGUUGUUCUUGGUAUGGGAAGGCUAGUGAGUGUCAAAAUGACUGGCUACCAGGAGCAUGUGACAGAAUAUGGCGUCCACUGGAAUUUCUUCUUCACACUAGCCAUUGUCAGAGUUGUGGCUUCUAUGCUUUUGACUGUUGUACCAGCCAGUCAGUCGUGGGUCUUUGCCCUUCUGAUCAGUGGAUUUUAUCAGUUCACUCUGGAGACAUCAGGGCUGAAGGCUUUCAUUAUCCACAACAACGACAGAGAAAAAGAUUUUCUGCAUGCUAACAAGGAGGGUAUAUUCUCUGUAGUGGGCUAUGUAGCCAUCUACAUGGCAGGAGUUCAGGUUGGACUCUAUGUGAUGCAACCAAGAUCCCAGGUUAGACAGUGGCUCAAAGCACUUUUUAACCUCUUGUUGGGAAGUUUUGUCCUGUAUGCUGCUUUGUGCACAUGUCAGACACUCGUGGAGCCAGUGUCUCGCUGCUUAGCUAAUUUACCCUUCUGCCUGUGGAGUGUUGCUCAGUCGUUGUUUUUUAUGUCCUGCCUUGGUAUAGCUGAUAUGGUUUUACUGUUUUCUAAAAGUACAUCGGGCUGUCACUUUGUGCCCACAUCAUGGAAUUUGUAUAAAAAACAAUCAGACUCAGUCUCUGACAAAAAGACAAGUGAAAUAGAAAGACACUGCCUUGUUCAAGCUGUCAGCAGGAAUCAGUUGUUAUUUUUCUUGCUUGCAAAUGUGAUGACAGGAUUGACCAACUCCAUAGUGGACACACUUAGUUGUAGCAGUUUAUUAUCAGUGUGUGUUUUGCUGUCGUACAUGUUCAUUAAUUGCUUUGUAAUAUAUGUUCUACAUCUUUGUGGAAUUACAGUAAAAUUCUGGUGAAAUUACAAGGUUCAUUUGUGUAUUUUGUGGGGCUGACGUGACAGGCAUUGAAAUUCAGGACAAUUAACUGGGAAGAUUUAAUGUUAUAAGAAAAUAUGAUCUGUAAUGCUGAAGAUACUAUUGUACAUGAUAUGUUUAUUUAUGCAAAUAAAUAAAUGUCUUGAUAAAAUGGCA